GCCCUCGGUUUCUCGAGCUUCCACUCGUGGCCCCUGGUUCGAGCUGAGUUGCUCCGGGUCAAGAAGCUUUCUGGCGAUAUGGCCAACCCUCCGUGCAGCAGCUGAUAUACGGUCACCAUGUCGCCUCUGCGCCUCCGGUAGUAGAGUGAUGGUAGUCCCAGUCGACGGAGUCGUUCGGGAGCUGCAGUCCAUGGCUCCUCCUGCAGCUGAUGGUAAUGUGAUCCGUCGCUCCAUCUACCAGAACUCCAACACGAUGGUGGAAGUGCUGACAAAGUCCAAGGAUCCGCGCUCCCGCACCGCCACGGCCGGCAGCACCGCCGCCUCGGAGCCGGCCUGGCCAGCGGCCGUGCCCGUCCGCCGCGACGGACGGCCCCUGUCGGCGACGGCCCGUCAGCUGCCGCCGCGACCCCGCACCGGCCGACCUCUGCCCGCCUGGCAGUCGGCCGGCGGUGACCCGACCGGUGGACGACCCUCGGCCGGCCGCGGCGGCGGGCAGCGGCCGGCGCCGGGCCGUCCCCCCGCGGCCCGCGGUCAGCCGCCGGCUCAGAGACAGGGACAGACCACCGCGGGGCCUGGACGACCGACCGCGCCCAACAGACCGGCUGUACCACCGGAGAACGAGCAGGCCGAGCACGCCGACUCUUGGAAGGAGUUUACCGUGUGGACCAACCAGCUGAAACAGCUGGUGCGAGACAUCGGAAAACGGCCUGCCACGGCCCACCUGCGUCCGCUGCUGAGCCGGCUGGAAGAGACGGUGCGUGUGCCUCCGGUACCGCCCGGCACGCUCUGGGCAACCGAGGACGACGAGCACGGCCCGCUGAGGGAUCGCCUGGAGGAGAUUCAGCUGGAGAACGAGGACCUGCAGAGGAAGUUCCAGAGCCUGAGCGCCGCGAUGCGGGACUACCAGCAGCAGCGACAGACGAUUGACGGCGCCGGGGGUGACGACCGCCUCCGACGGACCACCGAGACAGACACCGAGCUGGCAGAGCUUAAACGACAGCUGGCCAAGUACAAAAAGUACGCCAAGGAGCUCAAAAAGACCAAGGAGAACCUGCUCAAUACGAUACAGACUCAGGAAGAGAAACACGCCGCCGAGCUGAAGAGUCUGAAGGAGGAGCACGAGACUCAGAUGAGCCAGGUGCUGGCCCAGUUCACCAGCGAAACGGAGAUGCUCGUCUCGUUCAGAGCGGACGUGGAGGCCGUUCAGCGCAGUUUGGCGCAGCGGGUGCGGGAGAACUCUGAGCUGCAGAAGGCGCUGGCGGAACGAGACACCGAGCUGGAGCGGCUGGCCGCGCAAAACCAGACGCUGCACGAGCUGGCGCUGAAGCUGCUGCAGGUGCCCGGCUCCGACCCGCCCUCCGUCACCCAGCUGCUCACCAAGCUGCAGUCCCCGGACACCGGCGGCGUCUCCGUAAUACCCGGAGGUGCCGGGGACUCGGCCCCGCCCGCCCGAGACGCCAGCCUCUUCAGUCUGGACGUGACGGAGCCGCUGCCGGCGCGCCCGUUCCCCCGUGAGUGGGCCGAUCUCUCGCUGGGGUCUCUGGUUGGCUCGGCGGGGACAGGCGAGCAGCGCCUGCCGGCAGACGGGGACCGAGGUGCGCCGGCGCGGCGGCCGCCGAGCGGGGCUGCUGGCGAGCCGCCGCGGCCGGCCUCGGGUGCCGCUGCGGGAUCGGCCCCCAGUGGUGAGCGUAGGGAAGGACAAGAGGUCGGUGGCGGUGACGCCCCGCCCCAGCGCCAGUCUAGAGAGGCCGACACGGGUGGACCAACGGCUGGUGGUGACGCCCCACGUCACCGUCAGUCCAGAGAGGGCAGCGGGGUCAGCCAGGGUAGACCGGCGGGUGGUGACACUCCACCGCAGCACCAGCCCAGGGAGGCUGGUGCCGGUGACACCAACCAGCGGCUGUUCGGUGGUCCGGUCACCAGCACUAAUCGAGACGGCCCGGCGCAGGACCGCAGUGGUCGAGGCGAUCAGCUGCCUGACGGCGACGGAGGCCCCGCCGCGGUCGACCAGUGUGUCGUGGGUCCCACCGGUGGGGGCGACUGCGGUCGACUGCCGCCCGUCGGCUCGCUAACCUCCGAGGAGACGUUCCAGCGCAGUCUCGCUCGGCUCGCUGAGAGGAUGACCGAUCUACACCAGGGUAUCAGUCUUGCCGCCCAGGUGUUGAGUCCCUGAGUCGGUCGGCAGGGCUGCUGAGAUCAGAGGAGCUUCAGCCGAGCCGCCUAGAUCGGGUGAGUUGGUCAGCUGAGCUAACAGGACUCAGUCUCGCCCUUAGCUUACCGCUGGCAUUAUGCGCUAAGACGUCACGGUCAACUAGAGACUUGAAGCCGACUGCUCAUAUCUUCAAGCUUAACCAAACGCUAGCUCUUGCCGCUAGACCUUCCACGAUUCAUGCUGUGAAAUGUAGAAAACGUCUACACUGAAGACGAAAAUAGCUAGAACCGCGAGCUUGCACAAAGAGGGACGUUUUAUAUCCAUUCCAUCAACUGCAGAUCUGAUAUUUACAAAUGCCGGCUGAUCACUGUGCCUUGGAACCAGGGUCCUCCUCCAGGGCUUAAGGUAUUCCUUCGGGCUCGUCAUUCAUGAAUGCGUGUUUGUGCCAAGAGUGGGAGUAGAUGAUAAGUUGUUGCGCGCCAUGGCUCCGGAAGGGUCCGUUCUGGACUUGUUACUUGUGCGAGAGACUGGCAAAGGCUCAAGUGUGCCUUUGCUCGCAAUGAAAUAGACGAUUUCCGUCGCCACGUGCCUUGCCAUUUAAUCGUUGUUUUAAUUACACCAUUCCAUGUUAAAUAUAUCGACCAUAUCAA